AUGACCAGCUAAAUUUAAGAAGAUAUUGUUAGAGAAAUAACCUAUCUUGAUAAAAUUAGUUUAUAAACUGGUGAAAAUAUUGAAGAAAUAGGGAUGAAGAAUACAAAUUAAUUACAUUUUUAGAAUGAAAUGAAGUAGUAGAAUAAAAAUGAUUUUUUUAUUCAUAAAAACUUGAAUACCAAGCCAUCGAGUGAUUUUUCUUCAAAUAAUCAAGUUACUUCUGAAUUUUUAUAUUCUAUAAAUAAGAAAAUUUCAUCGAAAGAUACAAAUUUAGAGACUAUAUAAAAAAACACAACUGGUCAAAUUAAUUUCAUUUAGCAAUAAAAGGAUAGUAAUGAUAAAUAUGAUAGAAAUGUAAAUUAAGUCGAAAAUUGCUUAGCCAAUGAAGUAGAAAUCAACUUUUCAAGUUUGUCAUUAGAGAGCUUAAAUGAUGAUAAAACUCAGUUAGAUUAAAUUAAUAAAACUACAAAAUUAGACCAUUUUCCCCAAAGAAACCUGACCGAAUGCUCCUUCAAUAAUAAAUAAUUGAGUUCAUAAGUAGUUGAUAAAACAAGAAAACCAGGCAAAUAAGAAUUUAUAGUUAAUGGUCUUUUAAAUGAAAAAUCAGCCUAAAUGCUAGAAUUAAUUAAAAAUUUUGAUAAAGUCUAUACAUGCUAAAUGGACACAUUUGACAAUUUUUGCUGCAUCAGUGAUUAAUAAAGCAUAAAAAGUGUCAAGAUUCAAGAUGUCUACAAGAUUAAAAAUUCUGAAAACCACAUUUGCAAACCCUGCUAUAUGAGAUAUCUUAAAAACUAGAGAAUAAAUCUGAUAAUUAAAGAAUUGAAUUUGAUCUCUUAUAACUAGAAAAACUUUAUAACAUCAAAGUUGAAUAAAUUGACGGGAUCAGAAUUCUCAAUGUUCCUUUUAAAAAACUAAUUAUACACCUAAGAUGAAAAGGUUAAAAAUUGCGCAAUCCAAGAAACUUACAACAUUAAUUAAUUAAUUCCACAAAAUUCUAUGGUUGACUUCAAGGAACUUAUUAGGAAAUUUCAUAGUCUUUAAUACAUUUGGUUGAAUGAGAGAAUACUAUUUGCUUAUACAAAUCAAUCUGAAUUGGAUAUAUUUAAAUUGGGAGUAAGAGCAUACUCAGAUAAAUAUUAAUAUUAAAACUAUGAGAAAGAAUAUAAUAAGAUUAUGAUUGCUUAAGUUUCAAUUAAAGAUAGUUAAGCAUAGAUUUUGUCUGAGUGUUAUUUUAAAUACAGCACUGACUACUCAGCAAUAGCGAGAUACGAUCGCUAAAUUUAUAUUGCUGGAGGUCAUAGUAAUUUAAAUUGGUUGCAAUAUCUAUUUAGUUAUGACCUAGUUUCAGAAAAAUUAGUACUUCUGAAUGAAUUUGAAAAUAGUUUGAUAACUCCAACACUACUUUGCAAUAAAUUAGAGUCUCAGCCAGAUAAAUAAAUUGGAGGAUUAUAAUUUUUCUAUUUGGGUUAAAGUGAUAAAUUAUCAAAGAUGAACUUCUACUUUAUGCAAGAUCCGAGCUCAGAAAUUAAUUAAUUGUAUGAUUUUGAAAAUAAUUUUGAAAAUAUCUGCUUAAAUACAGAUUCAAUCAAUUAGCAACUUGAAGAUUUGAAUUUCACUUACUCAUACCCAGCAAUAUUUACUAUUUAAGGAUCUUACCUUGUAUUAUUUGGUGGUAUUGACAUUUUUACUCUUGAAACUACAAAUAGAUUGUUGGUGCUUGAUAUUAAAGAUUUUAAUAACCCCAAAGUAUCUGAAAUUAACCAAGAAAUUUCAGAGGAAUAGGGAAAGAGUAACAAGGAUUACUUCUUCGGUAAUCAAGUGUUCUCUGAUUAAUUUUAGACAAUCCACAUGAGAGGAGAACAUGGAAUUUAUAAAGCCAGUUACGAUCAAUUGUCUAAUGAGGAAAUACUCAUUUCUGUUAAGAAAAUAUUCAACUUUUGA